AUGGCAUCCAGAAUCGUUAGCAUCUUGUGUCGCCAGAAUGUGUCGCUAUUUAGAGGUCGUUCCUCAUCGCGCAUGAUCCAUAUCAGUUCCACUGUUUGUUCCAAUAUUCUAAAGGACUCGCCAAAUGCACAGCUCAAUAAAACUCUGCUGGAUCGUUACCGCCGGCUGAAGUACAAUCCUAAGUACAUUCAAGCAACUUAUGUUUGGAUCGAUGGCACUGGUGAACAUGUACGCCUGAAGGACCGUGUGCUGGACUUUGCACCGGAGAAGCCAGAAGAUUGUCCGAGUUGGCAGUAUGAUGGUAGUUCCACGUAUCAGGCUUUGGGUGGUAAUUCCGAUAUGAAGUUGGUUCCACGAGCUCUCUAUAGAGACCCCUUCAAAUCUGGUGAAAAGGAUGUGAUUGUGCUGUGCGAUACUUAUCAACCGGAUGGCAAGCCAACUGAUUCGAAUAAACGAGCGGCAAUGCAAGAAGCGUACAAUAAAACGAAAUCAUUGGAACCGUGGUUUGGAAUUGAACAAGAGUACACUUUCCUCGAUAUUGACCAUCGUCCGCUGGGCUGGCCUUCAGGUGGAUUUCCCGGCCCUCAAGGACCCUACUAUUGCGCCACGGGAGCCGAAAAUGUAGUCGGUCGUGAUAUUGCUGAAGCUCAUGCCAUCGCUUGUCUGUAUGCCGGAAUUGAUUUUGCCGGGACGAACGCUGAGGUAAUGCCAGCGCAGUGGGAGUUUCAGGUUGGUCCAAGUCUAGGAAUGAAGUGUGCCGACGAUAUCUGGGUUUCUCGCUACAUUCUUUGGCGCAUCGCCGAGGAUUAUGGUGUGGUGGUCACAUUUGAUCCAAAGCCUAUGGAAGGAAACUGGAACGGAGCUGGUGGGCAUUGUAAUUUCUCCACCAAAGCCAUGCGGGAGGACGGCGGACUUGAUGUUAUCAAAGCGGCCAUCGAGAAGCUGUCUAAGAAGCAUGACAAGCAUAUCAAAGCGUACGAUCCUCGCGGUGGCAAGGACAACGAGCGGCGUCUGGUCGGUCGGUUGGAGACUUCGUCGAUCGAUAAGUUCAGCUGGGGUGUCGCCGAUCGGAGCACCAGUGUGCGCAUUCCGCGCAGUGUCGCCAAUGCCGGCAAGGGGUACUUCGAAGACAGGCGGCCCAGCUCCAACUGCGACCCGUACAGCGUUUGCAACGCGAUCUUAACUACUUGCUUGAUUGAAGAGUAA